AAAAGUGUUUUAAUAAGACUUCAACAUAGUGAAAAAUCUCAGUGUUAAUAAAUGAAUGUAAUUAAUUCAACUGUGAUUGAGUAAGUAAAUAAAUCUUCGAAAUCAAGAAUUGUCUAAGAUGUAUUGGGAUACAAAUUAUUCGAACUCCGUAAACAUAGUAGCGCUUUUGAACAAAGAAAAGUGCACACUGAAGGAGCUUCUGGAAGAUGAAGAUAUUUUGGCAGAAUGCAAAUCACAAAACCAUCAACUUGUUAAAUUUUUAAAUCGCACCGAAAUUGUUGACGAACUGAUUACCCUCAUCUCGACAGAACCAUCACUAGAUUAUCCUGAAGACAAACGUUUCCUAUAUCCCAAUGUCGCUUGUGAGAUAAUAACCAGUGAUGUUCCGACAUUAAAGCAGCGAAUGGUCGAAGAUCAGAACAUUAUGAACAAACUUUAUGGUUUCUUUGAACAAGAACCGCCACUUAACCCUCUACUUGCUUCUUUUAUAUGCAAAACAUUCGGCAUGCUUAUGAAAAAGAUGGAAUUGGACUGGUUUCUCUACCAGACAAUUUGUCUCCACGUCAUUGAAUUUAUCAAAUCUAAAGACAACUUUCUCGAAGUGAUGACGCAACAUUUAGCUACUCCGGUUGUUGUAGAUUUACUGCUUAAUAUGCUCAAUGACAUCGAAGACGAUAAAAUGAAAAUCGGAUUUCUCGAAUGGAUAAACAAGAAAGGUCUGAUUGCUAAAAUGAUUGGAGUAUUACAAAUACCGAGUGAAUCUAAUAAACAUGAAAGUGUUGCUAAGUUCUUGACAGAAAUGAUUAAGACUGGCCGAUGUAACCGCCAAAUGGACACCGAAGAACGAAAAGCCUUACCAAACCCACUUCUUCAAACUCUUGAAGAUAACGAAACUGUUGAUCAACUUCUUGAUGUGAUUUUAAGCGAGCCACGAACUGAAUGUGGAAUAUUAUCCGGUAUGCAAGUGCUUUUGUGCUUGCUAGUGAAUCCAAUAAUUGAAGAACCUGUCUCGCAAUCCGCCUUGCAACAAAUGAUCGAUGCCGAAAAAGAGCACCACGAUGAAAUUGUUGCAUCAUUAAUGGAAAUUAUUAAGUCUCGUGUUCAUCAAUUAUUCGAGCUUCUUCUUGAUCCGCCAAUUAUUGCACGUGCAAUUGGCUCCAACACCGAUUAUCCAUUGACACCUCCAUUAGGCAAUGUUAGAUUACAAUUAUGUUAUUUGUUUACAGUAUUACUUGAAACGGAGAAUGGAUCUAUUAUUGAAGCAAUUUGUAAAACAAACUUUUUCAUCGAAUUGCUCAAAUUAUUUAAGCAAUAUUGUUGGAAUAAUUUCUUGCAUAACUACGUAAAGAAGUGCUUGGUGUAUGGAUUGAAAGCAUUCGAUACAAUUCCUAACAGCACAAAGUUGGUAAUUUCUGCCUUACAAAGACAUAUUAUUGUUGAAUGCAAAGUCGCUGAUAAGCUGAUAGACUGCUGGAAUGUGAAUGAUGAAAGUCAAAAAUCCGGUGGUCGUCGAAUGGGUUACAUGGGACAUUUAAUCGACAUCUUCAAUGACAUUCAUUCGACUUUAUCUGUAUCGGAUGACUUUUGUGCCUUAAUUGAAAGCAGUUUAACUUUAGAAAAAGAAGGUGACGGUGAGUUAGCAAUUGAUAUGUGGCGACGCAUUUUACAAUUAAAUGAGGAAGAGAAGAAGACUCAAAGCCGUUUGUUAGCUGAUUGUGAUCCGACUGUUCGUCAAGACGAUGGCCGUGAUGGUCUUUCUGGAUUUCCGUCCUCUAAUGCUGAAUAUGAAAAUGAUACCGAAGACUUCGAUUACCAAUUUAACGCCUCAAUGCUCGGUGCAGUAAAUGGCGUUGAUGAUUUCCUAGACGAUUUUAUAAAUGAUGAAAACACAGAUGCACGAAAUAAAUUUUUUGAAGAGGCUUGCAUUCAAAACCUCUCAACAUUUUCAAUGGACACAAAUUUUGCUGAUUGGAAUAACGCAGACGCAACAAGUGCAAAUCACGAUUUUCCAUUUAAUUUUGAAAGUUCUCUUAGCCUUAAGACAUCAUCGUCACCAUUUGAAGGAGGUACAUCAGAGGAGCAUGCAAACAACGAUGAAGAAACUUUCAUAGCAUCAAGUAACUUAGAUUCUAUAAUUGGUAAUAAUAAUAUAAGCAAUCAGCAACUCUUCAAUGGUACUUCUUCUUAUGACCAAAAUGAUUUCCUUAUGAAUUUUUACGUUACUAACACACAUUUCCCACUCUCGGCCACUAACAACAUUUCUCCGUACAAUCCGUUUCACUAUCAUCAUAAAAUUCAUGAUGAUACCGAUAUCAAUAGCAAUAAUGAUAACUGGGCAAAUUUUAAUUCAGAUAAUUUUGCGGAUUUCGAUUCGCAUUUCACGAACAUGCCGACGUCAAAUGAUGAAGCAACGAAACCGUUGGAGGAAGGAGAAAAGUCUGACAAUGAAGAUAAGCAUGUGAGUGACACAUGCUUUGUUGCAACAACUCAAACGAUUGAAAUCUCAAUGGCCCCACCUAAGCCACCGAUCAAGCGAGAUUUUCAACUUGGAACGGCUGUGCCUGCAUCAGCUGUCGAUUUCAGACAAGCUUUAGAAGAAAUAGAAGACGAUGAGUUCUUUUCAUUGAGAGAUGAUUCCAACGAAAUGAGCAGCUUAACCGAUGAUAAUGACAAGAAGUUAUUGGAAAAUACUGAGGUGCCUGAUGAUGAAGAUGAUGAUUUUGAAUCAGCUGAUGAAAGUAAAGAAGCUAUUCCAACAUCAGAAAGUUCAUUAAAGCCGAUUGAAAAAUAUGCACAAGCGCCUGGAAACGAGCUCAUUUCUCAAGUCGUAUCAUUAGAAAACGGAACGUCUUAGAACAAAAAAUCAUGAAAGUAUGAAUUAAAAAAAUAAUGUGACUGACGAUUGACACAUUUUCUAAGAAUUAUUCUUCUAUUAUUUUAUUUUUUAUGCAAUAGCUCGGUGGAAAAUAUUUGUCAAACUCUAAAUACCUAGAUCAAUUUGCUUGUUUAUUUAGGAUUGACAGCAAAUUAAAGAAAUAAAUUUGAAGAAAACAAUCCCACACGUAAUGUUUACUCUAGUGAAAAAUGCUUUCAUGUAAAUUCUUUACCGGGUUCAGAAAUUUGUAUUUUUUCCUUAUUUUCAAAGAGAUAAAUUCUUGUUCGUACCUAAUUCUUAUUUCUACUUCAUAUUAAAUCGAUUUUCAUGUUACCUUAUGAAGAAAAUAAAUAUAAUUAAUACUUACGACCAUUUUCACCUCACUCGAUUCUAUUUUGUCUUCUGUAUUUAUUCUUAAAUGUGUAGCAAUAUAUAAUGCAAAAUAAUCUUUGAUUUUUGUCAACUGUCAAUGUAAAUUAUUCUUCUUAAUCAUCACAAUCGCUUUAAUACAGUUCAUAAUUAUCUAUGCGCGACUUUCAAAACAAAUAAUUUAUUUUAGCAUAUCAAUAACAUCGAUGAAUUCGUUACAAGAAAUUACAAAAUUUAUUAUAUUCAAUACUUUGUUAGUUGGUGAACAUUGCGCUUUUCUACAAGAAAUCAGAUUAGAUCUUAUUGUAAAUACAAAGUAUCACCUGAACAUUGAUUAAAACACAUGACAAAAGAUAUAUUUUUUGAAGUUUCACACUGCUCACAAUAAACAAUUUACUCAUUAUUAGUAGUUAUAAACUAUCAUUUAAUGAAAGUGGUCGUAUGAAUUUUUCGAGUGCAACUUAUUAUUAAAUUUCUUAUAAAAAGACUCAGCUUAAACAUUUCGAUAGAUUUCGCAUAAAAUUGCAAAAUGUUAUCAUUUCAUAAUGUAAUAAAAUGAAAUCGUAGGCAUGUUCUUUGAAGGAAAAGAAUGCAAAGUGGAACAAGAAAAUACUUCUUAUUUAUAAGCAGUUUUUUAAUGGUACUCUUGGGUCACAGACAGUGUCUAAUAAUCACGAACAAUUUCCAGCCUUAAAAUAGAGACAAAAAAUGAAAAAAAAAACAUUGAAUUAAUCAAACAACAUUUGAUUUUUGUGGCAAUUAAAAAUGAAUGUUUUUAUAUUUAUGAAAAAUAAUCAAAAGUGACGCGAAAGUCGAGAUUAUUAAAAAUCACAAAGAAAAAAAGAAGAAUUUGAAUGAAAAGUUUGAAGCAAUAUUUGCCAGUAUCUUUUCUAAUUAAAUUGAAAGUAAAAUUGAAUGAAAUUGUAUAAUUCUACUUUAUGUCCAAAAAUAAGGAAAGAUCUUAAAUAGGGGAAAAAAUGAAUUCAUGUGUGUAUCAUUAUUGUAAUUAGCUGGGAAAAUGCUUGAGAGAGAAUUAAUGUUAGAAAAGUUCAAAUUGAAAUCUUUCAAAAUUUAUGAUCAUAGCUCAAUGUUGAUUAGGAAAAUUAUCAAAAUUCUUCCUUCGCUUCCACUCAUAAAAUAAAACAAACUAAUAAUUGUUCAAAAUGAAAAAAAAAAGACAUUUGUUUUAUCAUAAGCUUUUACCAUCACACUUCAAGUGCACAUUAAUAUAAACAAUGUAAAGGUAAUCUAUAAAUUUCCCAAUUUUUCGCACAACGAAAUGAAUAAGCGAAGAAAAUUUAAGUUAAAUGAUUUUCAAUCCAAAGUUAAACAACUUUUUUUUUCAUAUUUUUAUAACCAUUUAGAAUCUAUCGUGAGUCUUCUUGAUUCAUUAUAAAAAGAAUCCGGACAGGGUUGUUCAAUACAUUCAUCAAAUUUUUGCCAUAUCGUCUCUAAUUGUGUGCAUUAGAGAAACUUAAGUAUAAAAUCUCUUUCAAAAUUGAAAUUUUGAACUGCUUCAAUGUUUACCAAAUUUAUCAGAAGGAAUGAAACAUUAGUUUUUAUAUAACUUUUUACUUUACCCAAAUGGAGUAACUAAAAGUAAUAUUUACGAAAAACAGUGCCCAAAAAUAAGAAAAAAAAGAAAUAAAAAUGAUAAAAUAUGUAAAUUUUUUUGCUUUUGUUCGCAUUGCUCAAUGUUU